CUUUUGGUUUUGCGCCGUUGGCGACCCAAAUUACUGUUUUUAGGGUGAAAGCUGUAUGUUUACGGCUCUAAUGCAAUUCGUUCAAUUUUUCGAAAUUUCCCACAUUAGCGCCCUUUUCAUGCAUGGUUAUCACUUUAUGCAAGUCCUGUUUAAAGAUUUAUCAUGGAAGUAACAAGUUCAAAUUUCAAAGAAGUGCUCCCGGAAAUUGAAAAAGUGAUCAACAGUUCGACUUUUCUGGCGAUUGAUUGCGAAUUUUCCGGCUUGAAUGUUGUUUCGGAGAUAAACGCCUUCGAUACGCCGAAACAAUACUACGAAAAAGUGCGCAAAAACUGCAAGGAGUUUUUGGUGCUCCAGUAUGGCAUUAGUGCCUUUCGGUUCGAUGCUUCGGAUAAAAAUUUCAAGCAACAGAGUUACAAUUUUUACAUAUUUAGGAGGCCUAUUAAUAAUAAUAUUCCCGAUCAGAGAUUUUUAUGCCAGACUUCUAGUAUCAAUUUUUUGAUGAGUCAGGGGUUUGAUUUUAAUAAGUUGUUCAAAUUUGGGAUUUCCUACUUGAACAUAUCGGAAGAAAGCGGUUAUAGGGACAAGCUAGAAGAGAGGAAAAAGUUUAGGAGUAACCAAAAUAAUACGCCACAGCAAAAUCAAGAUAUCGUGCCGAUUCCUGAUGAUGUACAACCCGUAGUAGACGAUUUCAUGAAACGAUUAAGUGAUUUUUUGGACAGUGAUGACGACGAAUUAGAAUUGCCCAAAUGUAAUGCUUUUGUCAGACGAUUGAUUUAUCAAACUACCGGCCAGAAAUUUACCAAUAAGAUUGUUUUACACACCAAACAAAAUAAAAAUAAAGACAGGAUUUUAGUGGCGUCAAAAUGUAAAACAAAAGAGGAGCAGCAAGAAAUUGAGAAGCGCCUCUUUGAGGAGGAAUUGACGAAUUUAGACGAUUUUAUCGGUUUUACGAAAGUUUUACGAAUUAUAGUUGAGUCGGGAAAAUUAAUUGUGGGACAUAACAUGUGCUUAGAUUUUUUACACACUAUUGAUAAAUUUUUAACGCCACUUUCAGUCAAUUAUGGGGAAUUUAAAGACUGCGCCCAUUCAUUAUUUAGAAACGUUUUAGAUACGAAAUUUAUGUCAAGUUCGGAUGAAUUUAAGGAUUUAAUUCAAUCAACUGUGUUAAAAAGCGUUUUGGAAACGGUUUCAAAAACCCCAUUUGCCAUACCUCCAGUUGAAGUUGAAAAAGGGGGUCAAGGUUAUUUCGUUGAGGAUUUAAAGGAACAUGAGGCGGGAUAUGACGCUUAUAUAACAGGAUUAUGUUUUAUUUCAAUGUGGAAUUAUUUAGGGACGUUGAAAAAACUAUCGAUCGAGGAGACUUUCAAAGAUUUCGCUUUACUGAAACCUUAUUUAAACAAACUAUUUUUGAUGAUGUUGAGGGACAGUCAAUAUAUUAAUCUAGAGGGCGAAGAUCCAAAUCCUCCACGAGAUCAUGUUUUCUAUCUCACAUUUCCCAAAGAGUGGAAACAGAGCAACAUAAUUGAGCUCUUUAGCCCAUUUGGUGGGGUUUACGUCUCGUGGAUUAACGAAACUUCGGCCUAUGUCGGGCUCCACAAGCGAGAUCAGGCGGCUGUUGCAUUAAGCACUUUGUCUCAAAGUGACACUUACAGCAUUGUGCCGUUUAUUAAAAGACAGUCACAGUUGGCUGGGCUUAAAACACCAAUGGCGUCACCGGCGCCAUCUAACCGCCGCAAAAGAACUAUCGAGAACACGUUCAAGUGCAAUAAAAAACUUAAAACCGACAAAACGCCUCUUGGAAAAAUGAAAUGUCCACCGAUUUUGGAAGACGUGGAAGCGGAAAGCGACGCCACACCCAAAAAAUGCCCGCGGAAAGAGGCGCCCAAAACGUUCGUCGAAAGUGAUGCGUGGGAUUAGUGUUUUUAGUUACGAAACUAAAUAAAAAUUUUAUAUGAC